AUCAGGUGUGACACAAUCUUGCUGAGCUCAAUCCUCCAAUUCCACAAAAGCUUGAUGUGGAUCCUAAUAGGCUGUCUAGCGGUGUACGAAAAUCCAAAGGUGACAUACUAGCAGCCAUCGGUGGCGGAUUUGCUUUGAUGUUGAUUGUUCUUUUCAGUAUGUGUGUUAUCUGCAGACGGAAGAAGGUCGUGAAGAUUUCUUGCAAAACCAGCUAUGCAUAUCGGAAUCGUCCCACAUGUGAUCUUGUCCAUCACUUCUCAUUUGAAGAAAUUCAACUUGCCACCAAAGAUUUUGAUGAAGCACAUAUCAUCGGCAGAGGCGGUUUUGGGAACGUCUACAGCGGUGAGAUAGAUGGAGGGACAAAGGUGGCGAUCAAGCGACUCAACCAGGAAUCCCAACAAGGCAUUCAUGAGUUCCAGACUGAACUCGAGAUGUUGUGCCAUUUCCGCCAUGGCCACCUUGUAUCUUUGAUUGGCUACUGCAGGGACAAGAAUGAGAUGAUUAUGGUCUAUGACUACAUGCCUCAUGGAACACUGCGUGAGCAUCUGUACGGCACCAGAAACCCAUCACUAUCAUGGAAGCAGCGCCUUAAUAUUUGCAUCGGUGCAGCCCGAGGGCUGCAUUACCUCCACACUGGUACAGAGCAAGGAAUCAUCCACCGCGACGUUAAGACCACCAACAUCCUACUGGAUGAUAGGUUAAUGGCGAAAGUUUCUGACUUUGGUCUAUCUAGGGCAUGUACAGACAUUGACAAUGCGCAUGUGAGCACCGCAGUGAAGGGCUCCUUUGGAUAUUUUGAUCCGGAAUACUUCCUGCUGCGACGUCUCACCAAAAAAUCAGAUGUGUACUCCUUCCGGGUCGUGUUGUUGGAGAUUCUGUGUGCACGCCCUGUGAUAAACACUGAGCUCCCGGACGAGCAAGUGAGCUUGCGUGACUGGGCGCUAUCUUGCCAAGAAAAAGGUGUACUCGAGAAGAUUAUUGACCCCUGUGUUAAGGAGGAGAUCACCCCAAAAUGCCUCAGGAUAUUUGCAGAGCUAGCGGAGAAAUGUGUUGCUCAUCGUAGCAUCGAUAGGCCAUCAAUGGGUGAUGUACUCCAGAAUCUGGAGGUCGCACUCAGGGUGCAGGACAGUAACAACUAUGCCAGGGGGCCAUCGUCUCUUCAGAUCAUCAGUCUAGUGAACUCAUACAAAUCAUCAACCCACUCAAUAACUGACAUCGCUGCACAGGGAGACAUUUUCAGAUAUUUUACAUCCGGAAGGCCGAUAAAAGCAAACUGCAGAUAAUAAAAGGACAUGUCACAUAUUUUACACAAGUGAACCCUACAGGAUGGAGACAAACAUUUCAAUGCAAAGGAGUUGUGAAAUGAGGAAGGAGGAGUAGCAGAUUAAGGAGGCAAGAACUUUCAUGGAUCCAAGGAUGUUUAUGUUAAAUUCCUGCUGAUAGCUAGCCACGCAGAGUACAGCGUACCACUUGUCAUCACCGGCAUGGUUCGUCUGUACUACAUGAUGUUAAUUAUUAGCUAGGCUUGUGAAUAGUGCAGAGUAUAUGAGGCCUGCAGCGAUCAAUAUAUCAACUUAUUUACAAUUGGCUCAGCAAGACAAAAAUCUUGUAAAGGGAUUGGUUCACAGGCAGGCAGUGAAGUGAAAUGAGCCUGAAACAUGGGUAUCUUAUCUUGCUA